AUGAUAGAAUGGCAAUGGGAACAGCUUCGUAUUAUGAAAGUCGGUGGAAAUGAGUCCGCCACGAAAUACUUCCAAUCGAACGGAGGGUCCGCCGCCCUCGCUAGCAAGGACUCGAAGGUCAAAUACACCUCCAACGCCGCUGUCAAGUACAAGGAGGAAUUGAAGAGGCGCGCCGCCUUGGAUGCACAAGAAUACCCCGAAGAGGUUGUGAUUACAGAUGUCGCCGUUGGUACGACGUCCAACGGCUCCAGCACGCCUGCCGGCGAUGACGACGAUUUCUUCUCAUCCUGGGACAAGCCGUCCAUCAAGCGACCCAGCAAUCCCCCAUCACGCACUGGCACACCCCCUGUCGUCAGCCGUACUUCCUCCCCCUUUUUGAACGCAGGCGCGAACACCUCCCGCUCGAAGUCGCCUCUUUCCUCCGAUAAGGAAUCCUCCCCUGUCUCAACGGCGCCGACGGCGAUUAGAGCUAGCGCUGCUGCUCGGAAAACGUCUGGAGCGACGACCGCGAAGAAGAGCAGUGUUCUUGGAGCCAAGAAGCCGACCAAGCUCGGUGCGAAGAAGGUCGGCGGAGCGGAUCUGAUCGACUUUGACGAGGCUGAGAGGAAGGCCAAGGAGGAGGCGGAACGCAUCGAGAAGCUCGGCUAUGAUCGCGAAGCUGAAGAGGCAGAGGCCAAGGCCAAGGCCCCCAGCGCGGGAGCUACUGCUAUCGCCUCGCCAACACCGCUUAGCCCUAACAAGGGCGGCUUUGGUGCCACCAAGGCUACCCACGAACGGAACUCCAGUGAUGUGGAGCGUCUCGGAAUGGGUAUGGGUAGGCUUGGCUUCGGUCAAACGGUUAGCUCGAAGCCGCCCGCGCCCAAGAAGCUCGGCUUUGGUGCGGUUGGUGCCGCGCGCUCCGCUGAAGAUGAAGAAGAAAUUCAACGAACAAAGAGCAAGUUCGGAGCUCAAAAGGGUAUCUCAUCUGACGAGUUCUUCGGACGUGACCGUUUCGACCCAGCUGCGCAGUCAGAGGCCAAGGAGCGUCUUCGCCAGUUCGACGGCGCCCAGGCUAUUUCUAGCAACUCGUACUUCGGUCGACCUGAAGAUGAUUAUCCUCCUGUCGAAGACACGUAUGGUGACCUCGAGACAGCAGCGAAGGACUUUGUUCGACGAUUCGGCAUCACUGCAGGAGACGACCUGGAGAAUUUGACGCAGCUCGUGGGUGACGGUGCAAGCAAGUUGCAAGGUGCUAUACGCAGCUAUCUCAACAGCUAA